AUGGCCUCCAACCGUCACAGCACCGCCCGUACCCGCCCUGCUCGCGCCUUUCGCACCAUGGCAGCUCUACAAACCCGGGACCGUCUUGACACCCCGCGCAUGCCUCGUACCGCCCACUUCAGGCCUGGAAGCCGCUUCAACGGUGACAAAGAUGACCCUGUUGAUGAUGAGGUCGAGCUAGAGCUCGACCUGACAAACUGCGACGGCGCGUUCGAAAUCAUGGCGGCCUCCUCCAACACCGGGCUGUUUGGCCGAGCCCCCAGCCCUCAACCCCAGGUGCACCCCCCACGCAUUUUCACCGACCCUUCAUCGACCCGGUCGUUCGACCAGCUCAGGCAGGAUCUUGCCGAGCCCAUGCUGCGCGACUCGACCCGCAGACUGUUCGAAGAGCUAACUGACAUGAUUCUACGGGUAGAGAGGAAGCUAUUCAGCGGCCCGGGCGAAUUCCUUGACAAUGAGAGUACCCUUGAUGUACUGGAAUUCGCCCAGCGUAUGCAGGCAUUCUUCUCUUCGGCGGCCUCGUUGACGGAAGAGCUGGUGAAUGUUAGCGAGCGUGUCAGCUGCAUGAUGGCCGUGAUCACGCGUGACUGCCCCGAUGCCAUGUGGCGUUUUCAGUGGAUGACGAUCCUCUUGUGGGAGCACCAGCCAAAGCCCCGUCUCCCUGAAUUCAAUGUCAUCAAGGCGAUGGGAGAAUUCUGGACCGAGGCGGUGUAUGACAAGUACACCGUCCUGUACCAUGACAUUUGCCAGGGUACCGGAGGCACCUUAAACACCGAUAACGCUCACUUUGUAGCCGGCAGUGUCGGCAUGAUUAUGUCGACCUUGUCACGCCUGUAUCGGGCAUAUGGUGAGUAUGUCAACCGCCUCCGGGCCAUCCAGGUCCGACACUUCGACCCGCUGACACGUGGGCUCAACAAUGAGGAUCUAAUCAAGUUCCGGAGGGAGAUGGAGCACCUUCCGUUCCCGACCUGGAAUUAG